UUUUUAAUUGCAGCAUCAUUGCUUCCAACCCAUAUUAAAGGGAAGAAGCAUCAAAGAUUGUUAAACUUGAGACAAGAGCGAGAAAAGUCAUGUAAGAAAAGCAUUUAUGUUCGUGGUUUUCAAAAUUCAGGCUCAAUCGAAGAGGAGUUGACUGACUAUUUCAGUGCGUAUGGAAAAGUCUCAAACAUUUUUGUGGACAAAGACAAGGUAGAUUUUUCCUUGCAUUUUAGUGGAUCAAUUUAAUCAAUAAACUCAGAUUUACCGGUAUAAUAUUCCUCCCCACUUUUCAGAUUUUGAAAUGUUCAUACGACAUUUUUAUUCUUUUUUUAUUGUAUUGUGUGUAAUUUUCUAAAUGUUUUAUUUUUUAUUCAUGGAAACAUACACACAUUACAUUAUUUGUUAGCCUUAUCCCUUUUUAGUCCCUCUUCUCUCGUAACUCUCCUCAUAAAGGGACACAGCCAGCUGAUGUACAUGCGCAAUAGAUACCAUUUCGUAGCUGAUUUGCAUGUCACAAGACGCACACGAAAGAAAAGCGUAUCUGAAAUACUCUAAACAAACUUUGUAGAGUUGAACUAGUUACAAGUCGAAAUCAUGAUGUAGGCUCUAAGCCAUAUCAGAGCACUCAUUUUUUUAUAUACCAUUGAGAAUUGUCCGAUGGGUUUUUCCAGGGAAAGCCAAACAUCGAUCAAUACUUCCGACCUCGAACAUCAGUAGAGGUGAGAAAUUGCAUGCAGUCUGAAUCAUCGUCGAAGGUUCAUGGUUGAGAAAGCUCGAUUUUCCAAAUUAUAUAAUUAUGCAAUCUUUUCCAUCGAUUUCCCAAAUAUGUAUGACGAUUAUUUGCACACCAAUGUCACUGAUUCAUUUCUCUUGUUAUUUUGGUAAAGGAAGACAAUUUCUCCCGCGUGGCACCUAUGCGUUUCUCACCUCUUCUGUUCAUGUUACUUUGAAUACUGUUUUUAACCAAAUAUGAUAAAGUAAUGUAAUAGGAUGAGUGAAGUUUGCUCAAAAAAAGAUUUUCAUUAAAAGAUCAAGGAUCGAAUGAAACACUAGGCAGGAUUGAAGCAGAUUCGUAGAUACAUCUUUGAAAAGAUGUACCUUUUCAAACUGGCAAAAGUAGUGUCCAAGUCAGCGUGGUCCCAUAGCUGUCUGUGUCCCUUUAAGUUCAAGUUUGCGGUAAACUCCCCUAGUCUCCUAUGCAGCUGCUUUCCUUCUUUGGGGAGGACUUGUGCAUAAUGAAACAAAACAGGUGCAUUGGAGACUAGUCUCUGCCUGAAGUAAAUAAUUAAGUCCCCCAGGUGUUUACAGCAUUAUUUGUUUAAGAUAUAUAUAAUCUCCUUUUUAUUGCCAGGGUGUCUUUGCUAUAGUAGAGUUUGCUGAUGAACAAAGUGUGACCAGUGUACUUCAGCAGGAGUCACUGCCUCUCUUAAAUGAAAAUCGUUUAACAGUGAAAGAAAGAACAGUAAACAAAGCCAAUCUUCAGUACAAGACACAAAAAAUGAAGAAAAACAAACCUGAUGGCUCACAGCAUCAUCUGCAUAGACUAUCACAAAACCAAGAAAUAGCAGAAUUUGUGCCGGAGGAACUUGUGAAUAAAAUCAAGACAUCUGUUAGCACGGUAGGUGGAAAUAAGGUUUUAGCUCCUUAACUCAAAAAGUGCUGAAAGUUAAAAUCCUCCAAAACAUUCCUUAUUUUAUUUUGUGAAAUGAUGAAAAAACAAGUAGUUCUAUGUGUUGUUCUAUGUGAAUAAACUGCUGAAGAGGUUUCAUUCGAAUGAUCAUACCAGAGGAUUUAUCCACCACAUACCCAACAGUUUGAAUCAGUUUACGAGACGCAGGGCUUUUUCCAUUUGUCAGAAAUGGCCGGCCAGACCAUUCCCAUCAUUAUGAGAAUCUUACUUUUAAUCAAAACUGUGUGGCCAGGUCAGUCAAAUCCUGGACAAUAUGCAUGGGGUUGAUAGGAUUUUUAGUGAGAACUCUUUAAAACACCUAUUUCAUUUUCAAAAUGACAAGUCUGGCCGGUCAGUUCUGACUUUUGGAAAUUACCCUUAGUCAUCCACUUUAGCAGUCAAAAAGUUAAUUUAUUGUUUAUUGUAAUCACAUUCAUAGUACUAUGCAAAUCUCCAGCUACAAAAAUGAUAGUCCUAGGACUUUGAUCUGUCUCACUCCGGUCAUCUUGUCUGACUGACAGUGGGUAGGAUUUCAUUCCACAAAUUAUAGCUGGUGCAGCAAACCCAAAAGCUAGCAGUGCAACUAAAGCUUAUAAUUCCCUCCUAAGCCUCUUCUUACUGUGCAUUGGUGUUUCCUUACAGGUUCAAGAACAAGUGAACUUAUUAAUGCAACAAUUGUGUCUGAGUAAAGAAGAUAUUAAGUUGCGAAAACUGGUCUGCCAACUGUUGCAAGAAGUAUUUUAUGAGGUUUACCCUGAAGCAUCAGUCGUGCCAUUUGGCUCCACGGUCAGUGGAGUUGGCUGGGAAGGAAGUGACCUGGAUGUUUGUUUACUGACACCUUCUCAACAAGAUGACGCUGCUAUAGACUACUCUUUGGUCAUCGAUGUGCUGCGUAGUUUUGCCCCAGGUUGCAUAAACAUUAUACCUGUUUUGACUGCGAAGUGUCCACUUAUUAAAUUCACACAUCAGCCGUCAGGCCUGUCUUGUGAUCUUUCAGUUAAUAACAGGUACGGUUAAGAGAAAGGAUGUUACAUUUGCAUGGAAGGAUCAGUUUGCAAAUUAUUUUAACAUGUCAGUCCAUGUUUUGUGACCUAUCAUUUUUGUUCCCUUUCUCGCAGGCUUGGUGUGGCAAACUCAGAUCUCCUCCGUUGCUACAUGUCGCUUGAUCCCAGGGUUCCUCAGCUGGUGUUUAUUGUGAGAGCCUGGGCAAGAGCCAAAGGUCUUACCGUUGGUAAACAGUUAUCAAACUAUGCCUUGACCCUCAUGGUGCUGUAUUUCCUGCAGAUGCGAACUCCCCCUGUGAUCCCGUCUCUUCAGCGAGGAUUUGACAGUUGGAUCAAAGAGCUGUCAUGUUUACAUAAUACGGAUGACAAUGACCAUCACACCCUGGUCGCUAGACAGCUUGAGUCUGAUGUCAUUGAUGGCUGGGAAUGUUCUUUUUUCAAAGACACUCACAGACUUUCCAUGUCACGGAAUGAUACAAGUCUGAGUAAGUAUGGCUGUUUAGGCAGCUUACCUGUCAUUUUGAUACCAAGUUGUUUUGAUACAAGUCGGCGUCCUAUGUAAGGUAAUACCGUAUUCCGGAUUUUGUUGAUUUUUGCCUGUGGAAUCUAGAAUCCUGGGCUUCAGCUCACGGAAUCAGCAAUUCCACUAAUGAUUGGUAUUCGGCAUCAAAGUUCCACCAACAAGUAAUCCAAAAUCCAGUUCGUGGAAUCCAUAAUCCAAGACCAUCUUGGAUGGUUAUCAAUACAAAGUUGUAUCGAUACAAGUUUAUUCAUUCAAGGUGUAAAUAGUUCCAUGUACUAGGCUUAAAGAAUGAAGAUAUUCACCGAAAUGUUCUUUUGUGUACUCACAAACUAUACUUAAAGUGAACAAAAUUUCAAAUUGAGUUUGUAUCAAAACGACUGGUUUCCCCUUGGAUUACCUUACACGUGACGAAAGUCGAUUCAGUUGAGGUUUAAUAAUUUCACGUAGUUGGUUUAUAAUGAGGAAUUUUCACGUCAUAAAAGUGAUCGAAAAUAUCCCUGCAGUUUUAACGCCCUUCCUCAUUAUGGUACCCCCCCCACUUCCUGGUGUUUGGCUUCUUAAAAAGUCGUAUCAAAACGAUUUAGACAAAUCAGAAGCACACGUUGCAUAUAGUCUACUCUGCAAGCAUUCCUAGUGAUCACACCUGCAGGGGGGCGAGGGACGGGGGGGUGGGGGUAGGAAACAGAAAUCCUUGUUAAUUAGAUAAGAAUUUCAUGAUCUGAGGAAUUUUAUUUAAUUCACCUACAAGCAAACUUGUUCACAGGAAAUUAAUUGGCACUUACUGAUUGAUUCGCUCUCUAAAGCAAUACGCUCAAUUUAUUAUAGAACGAGAAAUCCAGCAUUUCCUUUUGCGUCGCUAAUGCAAAGCGCAGCUAUUCGUUCAUGAACAAUUCUAAUAGUUUUUCGUUCUUUCUGUGGGCUCUUCUCGCGAAAGUGGGAGCUAUGAUCAAAGAUAGCGUUCAUUUUCGGUUUGGCGGGAUAUUUAGGAGCGACUACCUCUGCGACCGCUUUUUUCGGUUUCUCUUUAUUCACGUUAUGACAAACGCAAAUUUGUGCCACGUGACCAAGUUUUCCCUUUACUCGUCUACUCUUCUUUACUUCUACAAAAAAUAAUAGGUACAUUCACGUUAUUUUCAUCCAUAAGAAUUGUUUUAGACUGUUUUUAUAUUUUCAUUUUCUAUUUUGAUAAAUUCUCAUCUUGAGUUUGCCGUAAACGUUAAUACUCUAAAUCUCUCUAUCAUUCAGAUUGGGUUUGACGCAAGAUAGCCCCCAUUCUAAUUCCUCAUGACUUAUUCUUCGAUAUUCUAAAGUAAGCGACAGCUUCUACGAGAAGCACUCUUUUUAUCGUCACUUCUAACGCGACAAAAUCAGAAAAGUCUUUUCGAAAUCUACCGAUAAUUUAAUACAGGAAGUCGUAAUCAGGGAAAAUAUCUGUCGAAGUGAGGCAUUCUAACGUUUUGUACGUUUGAGCUAAAUAACAAAGGGCUUUCGAUCAGUUUUUAGCUGUCGAGAAAGAGUGUAACGAUUUUUUGGAAACAGUUCUGCAUGUGACUAAGCUUUGGCUUGUGUGUUCUGUUAUUUUCGUUCUUGGCUUUGUGAGGAUUACUAAAGCACUGGAAUUUCACAGGGGCACCCAACGAGGAUAUAGUUCAAAACCACUUAACAUAGCAUUGUUGAACGUAUUUUAGUAUUCAAACGGUAGAUAUAGGCAUAUUUUUAUCCCCUAAAAACUUUUCAUCUGUUCGGAUUUCCUAGCUGAAAGUCUAAUGAUCCGAAAAUUAUAGGGAUAAAAACUUACCUUCUCGAAAAUUUUAGCCAGGAAAAGGCUCUCGAAAAUUCUAGCUGGCCUUUUUUGAGGGUCAAAAUCCGUUAAAAAUGGGUAAUUAUACCAUUUUGUAGAUGUUCGAAAAUCCUAAGAGAGGCAGGCAAGCAAGAAAUUUUACAACAAAUGGUCCGAAAAUUCUAGAUUUGAAAUCGUCUUCCGAACAGAUAUUUUCCCGAAAAUUGCCGUUGGGUGCCCCUGAUUUCAAACUUCUUAUAAGCGCUAUUGGUUAUUGCUUUUGUUUAUUUGGUGGCUCCUAAAGGAGCCGUUGGUUUUAUGAAAAGCCAAUGCACUUAUGCUCGUUCUCCUCGGAUUCGGCGGGCCAGCUGAAUGUCCUUGGGCAUGAUCGUGACACGCUUGGCGUGGAUGGCGCACAAGUUGGUGUCUUCAAACAGACCAACAAGGUAAGCCUCGCUAGCCUCUUGAAGAGCCAUCACAGCAGAGCUCUGGAAGCGCAGAUCGGUCUUGAAAUCUUGAGCGAUUUCUCGCACAAGACGCUGAAAGGGCAGCUUGCGGAUCAACAGCUCAGUGGAUUUCUGGUAACGACGGAUCUCUCGAAGAGCGACUGUGCCAGGCCUGUAACGAUGAGGUUUCUUGACGCCACCAGUAGCGGGCGCGCUCUUACGGGCUGCUUUUGUGGCGAGCUGUUUUCGUGGGGCUUUUCCACCGGUUGAUUUACGGGCAGUUUGCUUUGUGCGAGCCAUGUUUGAAAACUUGGAGUCAGUUGGAGAGACUGAAUUAUCGUUGAAUAGACUCCCAAAAACUUUAUACCUGGCGCGUUUCAUUCUGAUUGGCUGAAAUGUUUGCUCUGUGAUUGGAGGAAUAAGACUGACUUGAUGUACCAACGGCAAUUUUCGAUCCUAAGUCAUUUUUUGUUGGUUUUAGUUCUUUGAAGGGUAGUUUUUGGGAAGAAAUAUUCUGACGAUAAUAGGCCCAUGUGAAAAAAAUUUAUGUUUGGAACAAUGUUAUAAAUCGCUGCAUUUCUUGUGCCAAAAAUGCAUCAUAUUUCUGCAAAGCGGGAGCGCAAAUGUCCGUCACGGUAAACUACUUUAGCAAAUUAUGCGCAUAUUUCACUUGUCAUAAUAUUUGCCCUCUGUUUAACUUAAAUAUUGCUUUUGUUAUAAUUGAGCCAAUGGAAAGGCCUCUAAGCUUCCAGCGAGGUCCUCUUUGCUGUCAUAUAAAGCAGAAACGAAGGUUUUUUAGGCACAAUUCGUUAAGAGAGCACUAACAUUCAGUCAAUAUGUCUGGUCGUGGAAAAGGAGGCAAAGGUCUAGGAAAAGGAGGCGCCAAGCGUCAUCGAAAGAUCCUUCGUGAUAACAUCCAAGGCAUCACCAAGCCAGCUAUCCGUCGUCUUGCACGCCGUGGCGGUGUCAAGCGAAUCUCUGGUCUCAUUUACGAAGAAACCCGUGGCGUUCUUAAAGUUUUCCUCGAGAACGUUAUCCGCGAUGCUGUGACGUACACCGAGCACGCCAAGAGAAAGACCGUGACAGCCAUGGACGUGGUGUACGCUCUCAAACGCCAAGGACGUACUCUGUACGGAUUUGGUGGUUAGACUACACUGCCUACACUCAUAUCACAAACGGCUCCUUUAGGAGCCACCAAAUCCUUGAAAGUCAUGACCAAUAAAGUUUGCUAUUCUUUCUCCCUUAAAUCUCUUGAAAGCUCGAGAGAGGGCAUCGCAGAAAUUGGCUAAAUUUUUUGAACAAAUUAUUGUCUACGACUGGUCGAAGAUUAGGUUGGCAUGGUUAAAUCUUUGCACACUUUCCCUCGGCUAAAUCCUCCCUGUAACGGCUACUACUGGGGGAAAGGUUUGUCGUAUUACCAGUCGUUUCGACACAAGUUUAUUCCGUCGAGUUGUCAAUAGUUUAACGAACUUGGCUUAAGUAACGAAGAAUAUUCACCCAAAGUGCUUAUCUUUUUCACGCGCAAACUUUCCUUAAAGAGAUCGAAAUUCUUAUGUAAUUUCACUGCUCACGUUUGUAUCGAAACGAACGGUUACCGGUUUGUUGUUAUUCUAAAGGGACACCCAAGUACUUCGCCCUUCAGGAACGAUCCUACCCCUUGCAUGCGUGUUUUCACUGUAACAAGUUUGUAAGACCUUUGCGUCGAUGCUGUGAGCUUUUUAUAAAAGUUUUUACUUAAGUGAUGAAAUUCUUGUAAGCCCCACUUUUUCAAGGGGAAGUUAAACAAUGUUGGCGACUUUGCAUCGAUGCUGUGAGCUUUUUAUAAAAUUUCAUACUUAAGUGAUGAAAUUCUUGUAAGGCCCACUUCUACAAGGGGAAGUUCAACAAUGUUGGCGACUUUGCAUCGAUGCUGUGAGCUUUUUAUAAAAUUUUAUACUUAAGUGAUGGAAUUCUUGUAAGGCCUCCUUUUUCAAGGGAAAGUUGAUCAGUUUUGGCGAUUGUUCUUUUUCUUUUCAUUGGAAAAGUUUAUGAAAGGUUUUGAUUCAAAGACUUCGGUCAAGUGUGGAACUUUCUUAGAAGUUUUACCUUUCUGUAAUCAAUGUGCAACGAGAGUUCACUCUCCGUACUGAAGGAGCACCCAUUUGCGCGCUAAAAUGGUACUAAAUUUGCAUUUGAAUAGUCCUUAUCUUUUCACGAGCUAAUGCUCAAACAAAAUUAUGUUACGGCCGGAAAUGAUGCGGCUACCAGUUCUCUUAAUUUACACAAAGAGAGAAAAGUUACUUAAAGUUUUUUUAAAAUCGUUCAGUUUUCCGUAGAAUGUUUCUCCUUGGACAUCUGUCAAAUGUGGAAAUUUCUUAGGUUUCCCACUCAGUAAACAACGUGUAACGAAGGAGCUCUUUUCGUAACGAACUCACAUCAAUUUGCGCGCUCAGACUUACACUAAAUUUGCAUUUGAACAGUCCUUAUCUUUUCAUAAGCUACUUAACGUUGCCUUAAGUUCUGUCCAAUUUUCCUUAGAAUCUGCAUAAACUGGCUUUGCAGACGGUCAGCUAUUCUUGAAGUGGCCUUCGUCCAUCUUAAAAGGGAAAUUUUGUAGUAAAAUACGUUUUCAAGAUUUUGGCGCUAAAAUUUCCUUAUGUAUACUCCUAAACUAGUCCUUGUAAAGAAACUUUACUUUUGGGUUUAAUUUCUGGACUAAUGGUAAUUGAUAACUGAGUAUUGGUCAUGAUUUCAUAACAUAUGGUGGCUCCUAAAAGAGCCGUUUGUGUUUUGAAAGCUUAAGUUUAAGCUUUCUGCUUCUUCUCGGUCUUCUUGGGCAACAGCACAGCCUGGAUGUUGGGAAGAACGCCUCCUUGGGCGAUGGUGACACCGGCGAGCAGUUUGUUCAACUCCUCGUCAUUUCGGACGGCCAGCUGAAGGUGACGGGGGAUGAUUCUUGUCUUCUUGUUGUCACGGGCAGCGUUACCAGCCAACUCAAGGAUCUCAGCGCUUAAAUACUCGAGCACGGCGGCCAAGUACACUGGAGCACCUGCGCCAACUCUCUCAGCGUAGUUUCCUUUGCGAAGAAGACGGUGGAUACGACCAACAGGAAACUGAAGCCCUGCUCGGGAUGAUCGGCUCUUGGACUUCGUGCCCUUUGCCUUUCCUUUACCGCGACCAGACAUAUCGAAAUCUAGUAAUGUUCAGAGUAGUGUUCUGAGCAGUGUUAUAGGGAAAUGAAUGACGUAGAUUUGGCGGUCUACGAGAUUUAUAGCACCAUCCCUUUUCGUGAGGAUCGAAACGCACCAAUCAAAGUCCUCGUGCGUUUUUGAAUUUCAAAUAACCUUUGUACAAAAGAAAAUGCACAGCAACUUCAACGCGUCUUUUAGAAUUGAAAAGAGCAGUGUGUGCCCAGUGGAACAUCCAAUCAGAAAGCAAGGAUUUCGAUCCGUAUGAUAAUCGAUCAUUUCGUUAUUUUGGUAUAAAUACAAGAUGGAUCGCGUUGGUUGAUCAUACCCAUACAACAAGCAUGGCACCCAAAGUUGCAGGAAAGAAAGGCGAGAAGAGAGCCGGAAAGGCUAAGGCUGGAGGAGAAAAGAAGAAGAGGAGAGGAAAGAGAAAGGAAAGCUAUGCUAUCUACAUCUACAAGGUGUUGAAGCAAGUUCACCCUGACACUGGUAUCUCCAGCAAAGCCAUGGGCAUCAUGAACUCGUUCGUCAACGACAUCUUCGAGCGCAUCGCCACCGAAGCUUCCCGCCUUGCCCACUACAACAAGAAAUCAACCAUCAGCUCCCGCGAGAUCCAGACCGCCAUCCGGCUGCUUCUGCCCGGUGAACUGGCGAAACACGCCGUCAGUGAAGGAACCAAGGCUGUUACCAAGUACACCAGCAGCAAGUAAACUCUCUGUGAGGGUUUACCGCCAAAAAACAACGGCUCUUUUAGGAGCCACCAAACCUUAAAAAUGCAAUAACCAACAGACCUUUUUCUUGUCAUUGAUAAAAUCCUAACCAAAAGAAGAUACUAAAUAGCGGUAAAAAGUAAAAAAAAAAUCGUUUUCAUUUAUGUCUUGCGACUUCUUGUAAGACGAGUAUUCCAUUUUUCUCGCUGCAGCGUCAGUUCUUCGUAACAAGAAUGAACCUCCAGGUUUAAACGUUGAACACAGAACACAACCAGAGCAAACAUUUUAGUCACUUUAUCUUUGUAAGGGUUCCAGCUAAUACUGAAAAAAAAUGGUUCGUGCUUUUUGAUCUGACACGGCUGAAAAUCAAACGUUCCUCUAUUCUUUGUAGAGUAGCUACCGAUGCGAUGUACUGCAGGCGCUUUUGUGCUGUUAUAAAAAUAAAAGCGCGAUAACAAACAUGAACCCGCGACACGGCAUUUUUGUUCUUCAUUAUUUUUUUAUUGAAUAUUCUCUUGCUUACGCAGCUUAUCGGAAUUGUUUUUCCGUUUUUUUUUUUAUGUUCACACCGCAUACAGCUUCUGUUCACACCAAAAGAACGAUAAUUUUGGCGCGAUUUCUGUAACGGAGCGAAACCGCGUCAAUCUCGAAAGUGGAGCCGCCGUUCAACGCGCCUUUUUGUUGGGACGUAUAGAAACCAGGCUGUUUAGAAACGUUCCCCGUGACAGGGAGCGAAUCGAAGCGGCUGCAUUCGUAAGCUAAGGAGCGUCGGUAUAGAAGGUCGUUUUUUCGGCGCUUUAUUUUUCUAUUCUCUUCAUAGUUUGUUCGACGGUGGAUUUUUGCAUUAGUCAUGGUUGAGAGCAUUUGUCAAACAGUCUAAAGCUAGGGUGUGUGAGGCACGCGCGCGAAGCACACGAUAAUUCACGCUUAUUUACACAGCUUGGUAAUAAAUUUGCCCUCAGAGAAUAAGCGUAGGGUAAACAUUUUUUCAUGUGUCAAUUAAAUUUGUUCGUUUAUAUGUUUUCUUCAGGUCAGUUAUUAGAGGAAUUCUUUUGCUACUUUUCAACCGAAUUCAACUUUUCCGGCUGUGUAGUGAAUAUAAGGACUGGAUGUACCACCAGCACCGCCUUUGUGCUAGAGGAGCUGAAAGGUGCAAAAUAUUCAGGAAGUGAUACAACAGCUUCACUUGGUUUAAACGAAGAAAAUGUUGGUCAAAGCGAAGACUUGGUAAGAAAUGAUUCCUCUGCAGAUGAAUGUCAUCAGAAAAUUCAACCAAGUUCAAGCAAUGCAAGCUCUGCUAUGAAAACAAAAUGCGGCAAGCGAGUAGAGUUUAAAAUCUCGCCUUUGUGUGUUCAAGAUCCGUUUGAGCUGACGCAUAAUUUGACACAAAACGUGCCUGCUUCUUUGCUGAAACAUAUCGUGGAACUAAUGAAGGACGCGCACAAGAUUUGUAGCGAGAUAAACAACGAAAAGGGAAAGAAAUUCUCGUUGCUUGACUUGUUAACUGUUUGCAAGACUACCAAGAAACGAAGGAGCACAAACUGUCACUCUUUCUUUGUCUCGUUUCACGAAGCAGGCUCUCUGAAGCUUGCUACGUCCAAGAGUGUUUUUCUGUUUAUUGUGGAAACUUUAGAAAAAGAAUUUGGCUUGAAAUGUGUACGAAAGGGAAAUUCAGCGAAAAGACAGCGCAGUUGUGAGCAACUGUCAGAAACGCCGUUGUCAAAGAGACAGCGCAUUGACUGGCACUGCUCGGUUAUGGCACAGGAUACCCAAGUGAGUAAAGAAUCACAGGACACUGACUCUGUCAAUAGGACGUCUGGUUGCGUUGUGAAUUCAACGAACAUAGAUAAGCAAGAAAACGUCAAGAAGACAGAACACACUGAUGACAAUGGCGAAGUUUUUUCAUUAAUUUGCACGGCCUUUGAAAAUACGUGGACGCAUUCUCGUCGAGAAAGGCGCAAGCAUAAACUAUCGCAGAAUCAGAUGAAAGAAAGAGAAAAAACUGAGGGAGAAGAAAUAAAAAUACCCGCUGAUGAUUCAAAAGUGAAGUCAGAAACAGUUUCUCAAGAAAUAUGCGAGGCAUCAUCUUCGUCCACUCACUCGGCGUCAAGACAGUUCGAGGGUUCUAAAAAUGUCAACAGCAUUGCUUCUCCAAUUCUAGUCUUUGAGCUUAGGGUUGACGGAUCGCCGCAGAAUACUCCAAAUGUGGCCGGUUGUACUGUUGUGAUGGAACAUGUUGAAAGUCAAGACUUUCAGCUUUUUGGGAACUUUUUCUCGGCUUUUAAAAGACAUUUUAUGGGAUUACUACAGAAUAAGCAAGUAUGGUCUUAA